CUUGAAUUUCCCCCUGUGUUAAGGCCAAACGUCGAUCGAGUCUAGCUGAGUCUGUGCCGGCUAUUUCCUUCGGUUGCACGCCAAGUUUUAGUCCUUGGAUGGACUCUCCAAGAAUGUCGGGAAACAUUAUGUUCCCACUUGCUGUCGACUGCUCCUCAUCCCUACGGAAAUUUGUUGUGGCCGUGGAGGGAAACAUUGCCAGUGGCAAGACAACAUUCUUGAAAUUCUUUAAGAAUUUAGCCCAUGUAGAUGUGAUUGAAGAACCUGUGAAGAAAUGGAAGGACAUGGAUGGUCAUAACAUGCUGGGUUUGCUGUAUGAAGAUCCCAAGAGGUGGAGCUUUGCCUUUCAGAGCUAUGUACAGCUGACCAUGGUCGAUAAUCACAUACGUCCAAUCAAAUCUCCAAUUCGCAUGCUGGAGCGUUCAAUAUUCAGUGCAAGGCAUUGUUUUGUGGAGAAUCUGUAUAGAUCAGGGUACCUGGACAAACCUGAGUAUGCUGUCUUGUGUGAAUGGUUCAAGUGGAUCACAAGUAACCUGAGUCUCUUCCCAGAUCUCAUAGUGUACUUGCGAUCAUCCCCUGAGACAGUCUUGCAGAGGAUUGAAAAGAGGGGACGACCAGAAGAGGAGAAAAUAUCAUUGGAGUACCUCCAAUCACUGCAUGUACUCCAUGAGGAAUGGCUCAUGAAAGGAGAAUUCCCAUGCCACUCCAAGGUCAUGGUUUUGGAUGCCAAUAAUGACUUGCCCACUAUGGAACAACUAUUCCUGAAACACAAAGAUGAAAUUGUGGGAUUGCCCUUUACACUUGACCAAAAAGUAACUGGGCCUCAAUCCCCUCCUGCAGAGUGACUGUGACAUUUGGGGUCCAUGUUUCUUCCUUUUUUUUCCUCCCUUGGGGAGACUUUUGUCAGUUUCACAAUGCUUUCCUUUUUAAAAACAUAUGAUCUCAUAUUGCUCAUGGACAAACUCCAGACCUUUGGAUGUGAAGAUUCCCCAGUGACGAUUGCCAAGUGUGAUUAUAGCUUUCACAGCCUCAGGCUUUUGUGCCUCUGCCUUGAACAGUGUUUUCUCCCUCCAUUCUGACACAAUGGAUUAAAGUUUUUUCACACAAACAA